GAGAGUAGCAGCAGCUGCUGUAUCAGGGCGUGCUCCUCUGUAUUUGGCAGAAAGGGAGACCUGGCUCCUACCCUGGGACCUUUGGCUUGUCAGAGCAGCGAUACCUGUAUCUCUGGGUUGAAGCAGCAACUUCUAACUGUGCCCCACCUCUCUCUUCUCCAGUCUACUUCAGGAACUCAGCAGAGUCCAGCAAACAGUCCCCAGGUGUCCUAGACUCCUCGUUCUUUUGGCUUCCAGCUUCCUUGAAAUCUGCAAAAAUUCUCUGCUGCAAGGAAACAAGAGCGAUGUCAUCAGAAGAUGAUUCUGGCGGGGAGGCUUCUGGAGGCAGUUUCUGGGAGGCUGGUAACUACAAGCGAACAGUAAAACGUGUGGAUGAUGGGUACCGGCUCUGCAAUGAUCUAAUCUCCUGCUUCCAAGAGCGAGCCAAGAUUGAGAAGACCUAUGCCCAGCAGCUCACAGAGUGGUCCCGCAAAUGGAGGACCAAUGUGGAAAAGGGGCCUCAGUAUGGUACCCUAGAGAAAGCUUGGCAUGCCUUCCUGACAGCUGCAGACAAGUUGAGCGAGAUCCAUUUGGAAGUGCGAAACCAGCUGGCUGGGGAAGAUGCAGAGAAGAUCAAGGGCUGGCAAAAGGAAGCCUACCACAAGCAGAUGAUUGGGGGAUUCAAGGAGACGAAGGAAGCAGAGGAUGGAUUCCGCAAAGCCCAGAAACCCUGGGUGAAGAAGCUGAAGGAUGUGGAAAAUUCUAAGAAAAAUUACCAUACAACCCGGAAGGAUGAGAAGACAGCACAGACCCGGGAAAACCAUGCCAAAGCUGAUGCCUCCAUCUCGCAGGAACAGCUACACAAGUUGCAGGAUCGUGUGGAGAAAUGCACGCAGGAAGCUGAGAAGUGUAAGGAUCAGUAUGAGAAAAUGCUAGAAGAGCUGAACCGCUACAAUCCCCGCUACAUGGAGGACAUGGAGCAAGUGUUUGAGGGCUGCCAGGAGGCAGAGCGCAAGAGGCUGUGCUUCUUCAAGGAGAUGUUCUUGGAUCUACACCAGCACCUCAACCUCUCCAUCAAAGAUGGCUUUCAAACACUGUACCGAGAUCUAUAUCAAGUGAUCUUGGCUGCGGAUGACCAGGAGGACCUGAAGUGGUGGCGCAACACCCAUGGGCCAGGCAUGGCUAUGAAUUGGCCUCAGUUUGAGGAAUGGUCCCUGGAAACACAGCGGCCAAUCAGCAAGAAGGAGAAAAGUAGUAAAGGCAGUGAAGAUGUGACCCUGACUAGCAUCGUGGCCACACGGGAUGGUGUCUCUCCUACUCCUCCACAGACAAAGCGAGGGUUUUCCUAUCAAGAGGAGCAGAACAGCCUCUUCUACAACAAUCUGAGGGCAUCUGCCCAUGUGAACGGAGGGAAAGAGGACCUUUCAGAGUGGUCAGAUGAGGACACUCCCAAGAAGUGUCUGGAGGCCAAUGGACAUGAAGAGGACCUAAAGGUACCAGGUGUGCGGGUGCGAGCGCUGUAUGAUUACACAGGACAAGAGGCUGAUGAGCUGAGCUUUAAAGCAGGUGAAGAACUAAUGAAGAUCAGUGAGGAAGAUGAACAAGGCUGGUGCAAAGGCCGGCUUCUCACAGGCCAGGUUGGACUCUAUCCUGCUAACUAUGUCCAGAGGGUUGGAUCAUGAUUGCUGCUCCCCUCCUAAGGCAUCUCUUGCACAUGCAGCAGCCUACCCCUGCAGAGGUCAUCUGGUCACUGUUGGCCCCUAACCCACCUCAGCAGGGUGCACAGCCACGUCUGGACUCUGAUUCUGAGGACACUUGUUCCUUGUAACCAAUGCUUCAUUUUAAAUUUCUAGAAUCAUAGGGGUUUUCUAAUAAAUAAAUAUGGAUGAGUAAAGGCUUA